CGUAUUGCGAUUGAAGAUCUGAUUUGAUUAUUCGUUUGUUGCAUAACUUUAAUCUGAAACAUGGAGCUAGUUUGUGUGGAAGAUUUUGAGAAGAAAGCUUUCACUAAGCUGGAGAAAAAUGCCUUGGACUACUAUCGAAGUGGAGCCGGAGAGCAGUUUACGCUAGGACUAAAUCGCGAGGCAUUCAAAAGAUUGCGCCUGCGCCCACGGUUUCUGCGAGAUGUCUCUCACGUCGAUAUUAGUUGCAAGAUUCUGGGACAGCAGCUUAAGUGGCCAGUGGGCAUCGCUCCAACAGCUAUGCAGAAGAUGGCGCAUCCCGAUGGUGAAGUUGGCAACGCACGCGCCGCAGGCAAAGCUGGUUCUAUAUUCAUCCUGAGCACACUUUCCACCACAUCGCUGGAGGAUUUGUCGGCUGGAGCGCCCGAUACUUGCAAAUGGUUCCAACUCUAUAUCUACAAAGAUCGAUCACUUACCGAGAAAUUGGUGCGCCGCGCUGAAAAGGCAAAUUUCAAGGCACUUGUCCUAACCGUUGAUGCGCCAAUAUUUGGCCACCGGCGCAGCGAUGUUCGCAACAAAUUCAGUUUGCCGUCGCACUUGAAAUUGGCGAACUUCCAAGGAGAUUUGGCGAAUGGCGUAAUAACUAUGGGUGGAUCUGGCAUAAACGAGUAUGUGGCCAGCCAAUUCGAUGCCAGCAUUACCUGGAAGGACAUUGCUUGGCUUAAGCAGCUAACAAACCUGCCCAUCAUUGCGAAAGGCGUAUUGACCGCAGAGGAUGCCGUCUUAGCCCGGGAAUUCGGAUGUGCCGGUGUGAUUGUCUCCAAUCAUGGCGCCAGGCAAAUUGACACCGUACCAGCUUCCAUAGAAGCAUUGCCCGAGGUGGCAAAAGCUGUGGGCAACGAUCUGGUUGUAAUGUUAGAUGGCGGCAUUAUGCAGGGAAACGAUAUCUUCAAGGCAUUGGCAUUGGGCGCCAAGACCGUCUUCAUAGGACGUCCGGCUGUCUAUGGCCUGGCCUAUAAUGGACAAAGCGGCGUCGAGCAGUUGCUGAGUGUACUGCGAAAAGAUUUUGAAAUCACUAUGUCACUGACCGGUUGCCAAACGUUGAGAGACAUUCAGCCGGGAAUGGUGGUGCACGAGUCCUUCUAUUCCAAAUUGUAAUAUCAAUACAAACUCAACACUUUGCCAAAGAUUAGAGAUAUCU